CCCGCGCGAGCUGAAAGCAAGCACAAUUGCGCAACCUUAACAGCGGGGCCCCGGCCAGCAGCUGGACUCCUCGGUGUCCUCCUGCCCGCGAGCCUCAGAGCUGCCCAACGGCCUUCAGCCUCGACGGUGCAUGGCGCGCUUUGGCCCAGCCAUGUUCCUUCUCUUAGCACUGCUCUCUGCGCUUGGAGGGCUGCACGCCCGCCUGGAUUCUGAAGGAAUAUUAUUGCAUGUCACGGUUCCACAGAAGAUACAGUCAAAUGAGACUGAAGAUUCAGAGAAGCAGGUGAUUUAUGUCAUUACAGUUGACAAAAAACCAUACACUCUGCAUCUCAGAAAACACUCUUUCUUAUCCCAGAACUUUUUGGUUUAUACAUAUAAUGAAACUGGAUUUUUGCAGUCAGAGUCUUCAUAUAUUAAGAUGCAUUGCCAUUACCAAGGAUAUAUUGCAAAUUUUCCAAAUUCACUUGCAACACUCAACAUCUGUUCUGGACUCAGGGGAUUCCUUCAGUUUGAAAAUAUCAGCUAUGGAAUUGAACCAUUGGAAUCUUCUGUAAGAUUUGAGCACAUAAUUUAUCAAGUGAAAAAUGAGAAUCAAGAUAUACCACUGUUAGCAGAAAACUACAGCAAUAUUUGGCAGAAAGAACAAGAUAAUUUAAGCUCACAGAAAACAACUCUUCCAAAAUUGUUACCCCAAUACCUAGAAAUUCACAUUAUAAUGGAAAAAGGUUUGUAUGAUUAUAUGGGAUCAGAAAUGAUGGCUGUAACACAGAAAAUUAUCCAGAUAAUUGGCCUUGUCAACACUAUGUUUACUCAGUUCAAAUUGACUGUGAUGCUGUCCUCCUUGGAAUUGUGGUCAGAUAAAAACAAAAUUUCUACCAACGGGGAUGCUGAUGAUUUAUUACAAAGAUUUUUCACAUGGAAACAGGACUAUCUUAUACUACGGCCCCAUGACAUAGCAUUCUUACUUAUUUACAGGAAACAUCCUACCUAUUUGGGAGCAACAUUUCCUGGCACGAUAUGCAAUAAAAGCUAUAGUGCAGAUGUUGCUGUGUAUACAGAUGCAGUAACUUUGGAGGGAUUUUCAGUUAUUAUAACUCAACUACUUGGCCUUAAAAUGGGAUUAACAUACAAUGAUAUUAAUAAUUGUUCUUGCCCAAGAGCUACAUGCAUAAUGAAUCAUAAAGCAGUGGGUUCCAGUGGUAUAAGGAUUUUUAGCAACUGUAGUAUGCAUGACUAUAGAUAUUUUGUUUCAAAAUAUGAGACUACAUGUCUUCAGAACUUUUCAAAUUUGCAGUCAUCAUACCAAAAGCGAUCAGUAUGUGGUAAUGGGAUUUUGGAACCUAAUGAAGAAUGUGACUGUGGAAGCAAAGAGGGAAAGAACCCUAAAACAUCUGGGAUUUAUGUAUCCAAUACAAUGAUUCUGCUACUCCAUAUUGCUUUAACUAUGAUACCCAGAGUGACAGAUGAAGGUGCUCAAGGUGCUCCGUUUGCCUGUUACAAAGAAAUCAAUUCUCUGCAUGAUAAAUUUGGAAACUGUGGUUUUAAAAAUUCACGACCAUUACCCUGUGAAGAGAAGGAUGUUCUCUGUGGAAAAUUAGCUUGUAUUUGGCGACAUAAGAACUCUUAUCAAAAUGAUGAUCAGUCUGCAGUUUAUUUAUAUAUUCAAGGGCAUGAAUGCAUAUCUAUAGAUGCUGUGUCAUCAGUGAGAUCAGUUGAAAGCGAUUAUUCCUAUGUUGCUGAUGGCACUGUUUGUGGGGCACAAAUGUAUUGUAUAAAUAAAACCUGCAGAGAAGUUCACUUGAUGGAAUAUAACUGUAAUGCUAAAAAAUGCAGAGGAAAUGGAGUAAAUUUAUUUUUUACUGAAGAAGGCUACAAUGCACAGCAGAACAACUGGCUUAUUCUGAGUUUCUACAUUGUUCUUCCUUUUAUCAUAAUUUUCGCCAUGAUGAUCAUGAAACGAAAUGAAACGAGAAAAUCAUGCAACAGAGAGAACGCAGAAUAUAAAGGGUGUUCAACUCAAAUUGUAAUGAUGCAGACUCAUCUAGAUCCUUGGUUUAGCCCUGAGGAUCUUGCCAUUUCUGGCCUAAAGUAUGAAAAAUCCCUUUGCUCAUCCACAAAGACCUCAAAUUCAACAUAUCUUCAACCCAUAAUUCAGCCAUUGUGCCAGAACACUAUGACAUGGACUACUGAUACUGCAAGCACUUCGCCAGCACAUGGCCCGUUUCCAGAGGAGAAAAUGCACGUUAGGACCCUUACGUCAUCCCUAAAUGCCUUUCAAGUGUCCGGGUUUGGAAACUAAAGCCCAAGCCCACGCGGGCACCGGGCCAGGCAGCCUCCCGCCUCCAGCGCCCAGCGGG